AUGGCAGGGUUGGUUAUGUCUGUGGUGCUGGAUAAAAUGAGAGGAGAGGAAUUCGUUUCACGUGUGGUACCGCUGGAUAAAAUGAGAGGAGAGGAAUUCGUUUCACGUGUGGUACCGCUGGAUAAAAUGAGAGGAGAGGAAUUCGUUUCACGUGUGGUACCACUGGAUAAAAUGAGAGGAGAGGAAUUCGUUUCACGUGUGGUACCGCUGGAUAAAACGAGAGGAGAGGAAUUCGUUUCACGUGUGGUACCGCUGGAUAAAAUGAGAGAAGAGGAAUUCGUUUCACGUGUGGUACCGCUGGAUAAAAUGAGAGGAGAGGAAUUCGUUUCACGUGUGGUACCGCUGGAUAAAAUGAGAGGAGAGUCAUUUCCACGUGUGGUACAGUUAAUUAACGGACCACAUAACUCAUCACAUUAUUUCACUGAAAAGUACAUGAAAGAUGAAGAAACAGACGAAAUGAAUAUGAAUGCAUUAAAUGAUGAUGGUCAGCAAAUAAAUUCAUUGUUCAAAUGA